AUGAACAAAUUUACCGAGCCCAGCGAGUCAACAACUAUUCUCUUAUUCGGAUCACAAAUCGAGAAAUUAAACAAAGAUUCCCUGGACGAGAUUCAAAGCACACUACAAGACGGGCCUGCUCGGGAAUGGAUCCUCAAGACUAUAGCAGAGCUUCCGGACUACUGGGACACCCUAGCCAAACAGAUCCCUGAGAUCACCGAUGCACUCGGCGCCAAAGGGAAACCUCUUAUUGCACACCUUCACGCCUGGGUCCAACAAAUUACCAGCGGCAAUGAAGGAGGUGACUUUAUGCGCGAACUGGAGGCCUUGCCGAGCGUGGUGCUCUCACCUUUAGUGGUCCUCACCCAGUUGACGCAAUACCGCCAAUAUUUGGAACUGCAGCGAAAGGCCAGCAAUGCCCUAGCAGAAACAGAUAUCCACGCGAAGCUGGUUGGUCAAAAGAAGACGUCAACUUUGGGGUUCUGCAUGGGGCUCCUGGGCGCGUUCGCAAUCGCAUGUGCCCAUACCGCCAACGAGGUCGACGAAUAUGGAGCCGUGGCCAUCCGUCUUGCCAUGGUGGGUGGCGCCCUGAUCGAUGCCCAAGAUGAAUGGAGCAAGAAGGAGGGACAAGGCCCUUCCAAGUCCUUUGCAACGGCAUGGCGGACUGCCGCGCAGAAGCAGGAAAUGGAGCGGGUGAUCGACGACCUUUUCCCCGAGGCAUACACCUCUGUCUUCUACGACGAAGCACGGGGCACGGUGACGACGACGGAAAGGGCUGCGCCACGGCUAAUACGGCGAUUGCGAGCAGCUGGAAUCACCACUGCUGAGGUUGGCCUCAAGGGAAACAUCCACAGCCCGAAACCCGAUACCAAGGAGAAGACAGAGGCAUUCCUCCGCUUUUUGAGUUCCACCCCUGGCCUGCAGCUUCCAGAUGCUUCCCAUCUCGCUCUGCCAACCUACACGAAUGCUGGAGAUGGUAAGCCUGUCGGUACCGAUGCCGGUCCUAUGCACGAGGUCGCCUUGAGUGCCGUGUUCAUGCAACAAUGCAAGUGGUAUGACACCUUUGCGUCGGUCAAGAGGGCUCUCCUCGACCCCGUCUCGGAAGCAACUAUCGCAACUUUUGGCCCGGAUCGAUGUGUUCCACCAACUUUAGUGCGUUCUCUAGGGCUGAGGCUUGUCCAUUUUGCCGAUCUGCCUGCAGAGGUACGAGUGCAGCCAUUUUCUGGCAGCACUAAGGCGAGCCCUGCCAUCAAAGUUCUGGGACCGCCAGCACAGCCAUGCAGUGAUGUUUCUUUCAAUGAUUCGGAUAUUGCCGUGGUAGGAAUGGCGAUCAAUGUUGCUGGGGCCGGUGAUCUUGAUGAAUUCGCCGAAAUGCUCAAGACCGGCCAGUCACAGCACGAACUCAUUACUCCGGACCGCAUCGCAUUUGACACUUUGUUCCGCGAGGGUGAUAAAGAUCCGUCCCGCAAGUGGUAUGCCAACUUUAUCCGGGACUCUGACGCUUUCGACCACAAGUUCUUCAAGCGCAGCCCUCGUGAGUCUGCCUCGACUGACCCACAACAACGCCUCCUGCUCCAGGCGGCAUAUCAGGCAGUCGAGCAGUCUGGCUACUUCACCGAGGCGACUCGGAGUCCACGGAAAGAAGAAAGGUCCAGAGGCCAUGUCGGAGUUUUUGUCGGCUCGCCUGCAGUUGACUAUGAGCAUAAUGUGGCAUGCCAUAGCCCCAAUGCCUUCACAGCCACGGGAAAUCUGCAGAGCUUCCUGGCCGGCAGGGUUGCUCACUGGUUCGGAUGGACGGGCCCUGCAAUUACCAUCGACACAGCCUGUUCAUCAUCUGCAGUGGCCAUUCACAUGGCCUGCCGCAAUCUUCUCACGGGAGAAUGCAAUGCGGCCCUUGCAGGUGGUGUUGCUCUCUGUACAAACCCCCUGUGGUUUCAGAACCUGGCUGGGGCCAGUUUCCUGAGUCCAACUGGUCAAUGCAAGCCAUUUGAUGCGCAGGCAGAUGGUUUCUGUCGAGCCGAGGGAAUUGGCUGCGUCUUUCUCAAGCGAAUGUCAGAUGCUAUCGCCGACGGAAACCCAAUCCUAGGCUGCAUUGCAAGCUCGGCUGUGUAUCAAAACCAGAACUGCACCCCGAUGUUUGUGCCAAACUCACCAUCUCUCACGGAACUGUUUCAAGAUGUCAUCCGCGAGUCCAAGGUUGCUCCAAGUGACAUCUCUCUGGUCGAAGCUCAUGGUACAGGAACUGCGGUUGGAGAUCCAGCUGAGUAUGAGAGCAUCAAGAAUGCCGUGGGCGGACCUGGUGUUCGCUCAACUCCUUUGCCGAUAGGAUCCGUUAAGGGUCAUAUUGGACACGCCGAAGGCGCAUCAGGCGCCGUUUCCUUGAUCAAGGUCCUGAUGAUGAUGAAUAAAAACUUCAUCCCUCCACAGGCUAGCUUCACACACAUGAAUCCAGGGAUCAAAGCUUCGCCCUCUGAUAUGUUAGAGGUCGUCACGUCUCUUCGUCCUUGGAGCAAUAGCACCAGCAAGAAGGCAUUGCUGAACAACUAUGGCGCCUGUGGCUCAAAUGCUGCGAUGGUGGUCACUCAGUCUCAACACCACAAUUUUGGAGCUGAAGAUGCUUCCAUAAGGGGGCUGCGUGCUGCAACUGCAGAGCAACAGCGUCGGUUCCCUUUUUCGAUUUCUGGUCUUGACGCACGCAGCAUUCAGAGGUAUGCCGGAAAGCUGGCGUCCUACCUGCAGAAUCCAUCCGUGGUCCAUGGGUCUUUGAGCCUAGCCGACAUCUCUUUCAAUGUUGACCGGAUCUGUAACCCAUCACUGGGCCAUAAGAUCUCGUUCGCCGCAAAUUCGGUCAAGCAGUUGCAAGAUGCGCUCUCUCAGAUCGCGGUUGGGGAUUCCACCGAGUCCCCAUUGUCCAUCGAGCCAACCAAGGCGGAGCGUCCUGUUAUUCUCUGCUUCGGUGGCCAAGUUUCGACCUAUAUUGGCCUAGAUAAGCAUCUUUAUGACAGUGUGGCUAUCCUCAGACACCACCUUGACGAGUGCGAUGUUGUGAUGCAGUCCUUCGGCCUCGACAGCAUUUUCCCCGGCAUCUUCUCAAGCUCACCAGAAGAAGACCCUGUCCGCGUACAAACAAUGCUCUUUGCCAUGCAGUACUCGUGUGCUCGCUCGUGGAUUGAUUGCGGCCUAUUUGGAAAGAUUGCCGCCGUUGUCGGCCACAGUUUUGGGGAACUCGUUGCACUCUGUAUCUCGGGGGUUCUGAGCCUCUCUGACGCCGUUCGAUUGGUGGCAGGACGUGCUCGCGUGAUUCGGGAGUCUUGGGGCACGGACAAGGGUGCUAUGAUGGCAAUCGAGACGGACGCAGCACUCGCUCAGGAACUCGUAGACGACACUAGCCGUCGUCUUAGCAAGCGGAAUACUGAGGUCGCCCCGGCUGCCAUCGCUUGUUACAAUGGAGUGAGAAGCUUCACCUUGGCAGGUCCCACGGAGGCCAUUGACGCGAUUGCAGACACCAUUGCACAGGAGGAAAAGUUCUCAGCCAUCAAGAGCAAGCGACUCAAUGUCACCAAUGCCUUCCACUCGUCCCUUGUUGACCCUCUUGUGGAGCAACUCGAAGAAAUUGGCCGGGACUUGACGUUCAACCAGCCCUCGAUCCCACUUGAGCUUGCAACCGAGACGAGAUCCUCAAGCCCUGAGAUGACAGCCCAGUACGUGCCGAAACACAUGCGCAAGCCUGUCUUCUUCUGUCAGGCAGUUCAGCGCCUCGCGGAGAAGCACCCCUCGGCCAUCUUCCUGGAGGCCGGGUCCAGCUCCGGAAUCACAGUCAUGGCAAGCCGUGCGCUACACACUGGAGGAAGCUCGCACGGCUUCCAGCCAGUGAAGAUCACAAACUGCAAUGGUCUUGACGGCUUGACAGAUGCGACGGUCUCUCUUUGGAAACAAGGCCUCCGGGUCUCUUUCUGGCCACACCACGCGUCCCAGACCAACGAAUACGCCAGUCUUGUCCUCCCACCGUAUCAAUUCGAGAAGUCUCGACAUUGGCUGGAUCUCAAGUCUCCAGUCAAGGCCAUCCAGGAGGCUGCAGCGCUUCUGGGUCCUAUUGAGAGGCCAGCCGAAGGCAAAGAGGAUGACCAGAGGGGUCUUGGCCUUUGGUCAUUCAUCGGCUACCUUGAUGAGAAGGAAAAGACCAGCAGCAAGCGCACACCCAAGCGGGCCCGCUUCCGGAUCAACACGGGCUCGGAAGAGUACAAGAAGUUUGUCUCAGGCCACAUCAUCGCCCUGACGGCGCCCAUUUGCCCGGGUACACUCCAGGUCGACAUGGCAAUCGAGGCCUUGUUCAGUCUUCAUCCCCAAUGGAAGCAAGAUGGGUUGCAGCCCACCGUUCAUGACAUGGUGAACCACUCGCCUCUUUGCGUCGAUCCUUCGCGCAUUGUCUGGCUGGACUUCAAGUCUGCUGAAGGUGACUUGACACAAUGGGACUGGAGCAUUUCGAGCACCUCCGUCAUGUCCGAGCGUGAUGAGCAGAUGUAUGUCCAGGGACGUAUUCGUGUACGCUCCGCAGAAGACCCAUCUUACGCGGGCGAGUUCGCGCGUUUCGAGCGUCUCUUCCCACACACUCGCGCUCUUGAGUUGCUUGCUUCAGCUGGCGAUAAUGAGGAUGUUGAGGUUCUGCAAGGUCGUAAUGUCUACCGGACUUUCGGCGAAUUCGUUGACUAUGCCGACAUGUAUCGCGGUGUUCGCUCGGUCAUUGGUCUUGCGAGUGAGUGUGCCGGUCGCGUGGUGGGUCGAUAUGCCGGCAAUACUCUGCUAGACACCCUGCUCGAUGACAGCUUCAGUCAGGUUGCUGGCAUCUGGGUCAACUGCAUGACGGAUCUGGCGCACGGUGACAUGUAUAUCGCCACGGGUAUUGAUUUGUCAAUGCGGUCCCCUCGGCAGAUUAUUAGCACUCAUCGGUCCCAAGAGAACUGGCACGUAUAUGUCCGCAAUACUCGCCAAUCUGAGACGACUUACUUGAGUGACGUCUUUGUGUUUGAUGCUGCAACCAGCGAACUGGCCGAGGUGAUGCUGGGAAUUCAGUACUCACGCAUCUCCAAGGCUUCCAUGAGCAGAAUGCUCACCAAACUUACCAAAGACAAGUCAGUCUUGCGCACUUCGACAAGCGCAGUGGCAGGCGCUUCGACACCAGUGCCAGCUGCAGGCAAUGAUGACGUGUCUAUUGCUCCCGGCUUCACCACGCAACAGCGGGAUAUCAUUCGCAGUGAGGCCAAUCACUCGAAGAAGCAGCCAAAGAAGAAGAAGGAGAAGAAGCCCGCAAGCUCAGGACGACCUGAUAUCAGUGAUGAGAUUCGAAAGCUUGUCGCGACAGUUGCUGGUAUGGAUGUCAGCGAGAUCACUCUAGAUACCGAGGUCGCCGACAUUGGUAUCGACUCGCUCAUGGGCAUGGAGCUUGCUCGCGAAGUCCAGGUGGUCUUCAAACAGGCGAUGGAUCAGGAUACUCUGCUGCAGGCCACAAGUGUUCGUCAACUUGUCACUGUCAUCUCUGGUGUCUUGUUCGGCGAGGGCGGCAAUGCUGCCGCUGGUGAUGCUGGAGCAGACGCCGCCAGCAGCGAGUCCUCCUCGGACGAAGAUGACUGGUCAAGCAGUGAAGGUGAUACAUUGGCCACUCCCCCGUCCGGUGAAGACACCAGGAUCCCUACACCUGAUCCAGUCAAGUCUGCCGUUGUCAAUCAGAGCCUCGAGCUCACGUCCACAGAUAUCUUGGAGUGCUUCGGCAAGGUCAAAAUUAGCACCGAUCAGAAGCUUCGGCAACAUCAUGUGGACAAUGUGGACAGUCACAUCAUUGCUGGCACCAGCCGACUGUGUGUUGCUUUGAUCGUGGAGGCCUUUGAGCAGCUAGACUGUUCUCUGCAAUCUGCGACCAAGGGCGACAAUCUCCCCCGCAUUCCCUACCAGCCAGAAUACAACCGCCUUGUGGAAUGGCUAUACAGCUUUUUGGGGGAUGACGCUCGUCUGUUCGAUGUUGAUCCUACCAGCGGCCAGGUGACAAGGACUGGUGUCGCAGUGCCGUCCAAGCCCAGCGAGGCCCUGAUGGAGGACUUCAUCAACGAAUUCCCGGACUGGGCAGUGACAGCGAAACUGAUAUACCAUGCUGGAAAGCCCCUGGCCAAGAUUCUCAAAGGCGAGACCGACGGUAUCAAGAUUCUCUUCGGUUCGAGCGAGGGUCGUGAACUUAUGGCAGGACACUAUCGGCACAACCCUUUCGCCGCCCUGCUUGGAGAGCAGAUGGGCGAUUUCCUCGCCCUUCUUGCCAAUCAUGUAAAUUCAAGGAGUCAGCAAGGAACACUCAAGAUAUUGGAGAUGGGUGCCGGAACGGGUGGCACGACGCAGAUUCUCGUGCCAUUGCUGGCAUCCUUGAAUAUCCAAGUGGAGUAUACCUUCACUGAUCUGUCCCCAUCUAUGGUUGCCGCAGCGAGACGAACAAUGGGCAAGCAAUACCCAUUCAUGCGCUUUGCUGUCCACGACAUUGAGAAGGUCCCUGCGGAGGAUAUCUGUGGCCAACAUAUCAUCAUCGCCAGUAACGCCGUUCAUGCAACGCACAACCUGGUCGAAUCUGCGAAGAACGUUCACAAGGCCCUGAGGCCGGACGGCAUGCUCAUGAUGCUCGAACAGACCGAAGAUACUCCACUGUCUAACCUGAUCUUUGGUCUCUUCGAAGGUUGGUGGAUGUUCGACGAUGGACGCACCCAUGCGGUUGUUCCUACUGAACGAUGGACACGCGAUCUCCAGAGCGCCGGCUUUGGUCAUGUCGAUUGGACUGAUGGACACUUACCCGAGAACAACAUUCAGCGAGUUGUGGUUGCGUUGGCGAGCGGUCCUGUCAUGAACCCUUUGCCGAUCUCACCAUCACCGGCCAAGUUGCCUGAGCAGCCAACGCGCGAUCUAGCGACACGAGAAGCGGAAGCCGCGAAGUACGUCGCUGAGCACACGGCAGCCUGGGCCACACCCAGUCUGGACGAGGCCAGCGCAAAGAGAGAUGGCAAAUCGUGUCAGAACCUACAUGAUGCUGUUGUGUUAGUCACCGGAGCCACUGGCAGUCUGGGCUCGCAUCUGGCUGCUGCGUUUGCUGAAAAUCCCGACGUCAAAAGCGUUGUUUGCGUGAACCGUCGCAGGGGCUUCACGGCAGUUGAGACCCGACAAGCUGAUGCUUUUUCCAGUCGCGGUAUCUCCCUUUCUUCCGCUGCUACUUCCAAGCUCCGAAUUCUUGAAACGGACACCUCCCAGUCGCAACUCGGCAUCGAGGCGUCUGAAUAUCAAUGGUUAGUGCAGAAUGUCACGCACAUCGUGCACAACGCCUGGCCCAUGAGUGGCACCCGGCCUCUUCCAGGCUUCCUCCCUCAGUUCCAGACCAUGCGUCAUCUCUUGGAUCUGGCACGCGACGCCGCUUGCUGUUCGCAGUCCGAUGAUGGCUUCCGCCGCAUUGGAUUCCAGCUUGUUACCUCUAUCGGUGUUGUUGGCCAUGCAGGCCGAGGGCGCAUUCCCGAGGAGCGGGUGCCCAUCUCUGCCGUUCUGCCUACGGGCUACUGUGAAGGUAAAUGGGUCUGCGAGCGCAUGCUGGAUGAAACACUGCACAAAUAUCCUGCUCUCUUCCGACCGAUGGUCGUCCGCCCAGGUCAGAUCGCAGGUUCCACGACCAGUGGUGUCUGGAAUCCCGUUGAACACUUUCCGUUCAUGGUGAAGUCUGCCCAGUCCUUGCGCGCAUGGCCCGACCUGGACGGGACGAUGCAAUGGGUCCCUGUCGACGCAGCUGCAGCUUCCAUUUCGGAAUUGUUGCAUAUUGGCAAUGAAGAAAAUGCACCCGAGGCAUACCCCGUCUAUCACAUUGACAAUCCAGUUGGUCAGUCAUGGAAGGAGAUGUCUCCCGUUCUGGCGCGUGCUCUUGGCAUCCCCACCAACGCGAUCGUCACAUACCGCAACUGGCUUCGACGGAUUACCCGUUCACCACUGCAAGAGUCGGAGAACCCAGCUUCCCGCAUUGUGUACUUCUUGGAGGAUGACUACGAGCGCAUGUCUUGUGGUGGGCUGAUUUUGGAUACGACCAAGACCAAGGAGCAUUCGAAGACCAUGGCUUCUCUGGGGCCGCUGAGUUCGGAGGUUGUCGAGGGAUAUGUCAGAACUUGGAAGGAGAUGGGAUUUCUUUCAUCGUAA